GUGCAUAUGGUGUGUAAUUUUAUCACCACCGUUUUUCUUUAUUCCGUUGAUUAUGUAGAUGAUGUUAAAAAAUUAUGUAUACAUAUAUAUAUUUUUGCAGACUUCUUUUUUGUGAGCAGUAACCGUCAUGCGCAGAAGACGCAACCCCGCUGGAGAAGCUCGUCAGUUGCCAAUGAGAACAAAGCCAAGAUCAGGGAAAUACAUCAUCUUAAACACCUAACCAUCAGUUCUACAUCAUCUGUCAACCUGACACACAGACAGCAAUGCAGUUUGGACUGCCACCUGCAGAGACAGUGCAAGGAAGACUCUUAAAAGCUUUCUUUGUGUUUUUCUGAGUGUGUUGAUGCUCCCGCUGCUGAGGACUAUAGGACUACGAGCAUUCUCCAUGGCGAGUGAAGCUUAUUCCUCUGGCACUCACUCUGCAGCAUUUGUCACCUGCCCCAAUGACACAGUGGCCAAAGACCUGGCCAGAGGUAUUGUGGAGAAGAAGCUGGCAGCCUGCGUCAACAUCGUGCCUAAAAUUACAUCAAUAUAUGAAUGGCAAGGAAAGAUUGAAGAAGACAGUGAGGUGUUGCUGAUGAUUAAGACAAGAAGUACAAAGAUUCCUGCUCUUGCUGAAUAUGUUAGGUCCAAUCAUCCGUAUGAAGUGGCCGAAGUCAUCAGUUUGCCUAUUGACCAGGGAAACCCUCCCUACCUGAAGUGGAUUGGAGAUAUUGUGCCGGAAUGAAUGGACAAAAUCAUGGCUGAACCUCAGCUCUGCACAGUUCUAUCGGCAAGAUUUCAGGACUGCAGUUGGUGAUUUUUCCUCAGUUGUUUAAAUGCAGUUGCUGAAAUGUUGUGUUAUCUAUGUGCGUGUUCAGAGAGUUUAUACAAAAAGGUAGUAAAAUUUGCAAAGCACCAAGUACAAUGUUAGUAAUGUUCAGGUUUGUCAGUUCCAAAGUGAAAGCAAUGCAACCUUAAAUCAUCAGCUUCUGGCAUUUUCCCAAAGGCUGCGGUUUUCCUCUAUGAGCAAGUUAGUUGUAUAGGUUUCACCUUCAUUAUAGGAAUGGUUCGCUCCCAGGUUUUUCUCUUUCCCCAGAUGUCAAUCUGCCUAAUGGUGCUAUCAAACACUACAAGUCAAUACUCGCCCAAAUCUUUUCUGUACAUACAUCCUCAAACCUUCUCCCAACCCACGCAAACUGCAUCCAGGUCAUCACUGUGAUCACCUAGACUUGUCAUUGUGGUUUAGAGCACAGCAUGACUUUGAACUAUACAAAUGAACAAAACUUCACCGUACUUUACCAUAUUUAUGGACAAGAUUUGGGUGACUAUUGAGAUCUAAUGUUUGUUAGCAAUGUUAGCCUUGUAGCUCCGGCCCUAAAGAGGCAAAAUUGGGACACCAAACAUGUCCUGGUUGAACAACUACAUCUGGGGUAAAGGGAAAAUUGUGUAAAGUUGAUUUUUUGCUGAAACAUUUCUUUAAUCAUGUUAAAGUCUAUUAUAAAAGCAUGGGCAAUUAAGUCAAUUAACAUUUUCAUUCAUGUGCUUUGUUUUAUUAUUUUUCUGUAUAUUGUUUAAUGCACAAAAAGAUAUUAGCCUUUAUGUGACAGCAUUUCUUAUCUUCAAGCCAGAAUGAAUCUUCAUAUUAUGAUGGUGAUACACUUAUAACAUACAUAAUACAUCAUUUACAUGUAAUACAGAUAUUGAAACGCUCAGUUUUGGUAAUUAUCGGUUAAAAUGGAACCUGAAUUUACUGUGGACUAUGAUCUUCAAUACAGGGUUAAAAACAUGGAAGGAUUAGAAAAAACAUCUAAAUUACCUUUGUAAUUUUUUUUUAUUAUUUCGCAAAAAUGGUGCAGCCACUGGGGCUUUUUGAAAAUGUGAACUGCAUUUAAAUAACUGAGGAAAUUUUGUAACAGUCUGAGCUAAAACCCUUGAGUUAUGGCUUUGUAAUACCUAAUUUCAUGUCUGGGAUUGCACUCAAAAUAAAACUGGUUCUUUCAUACCCACUGUGAAUACAAAGGCAUGUAAGGUUUGAAUGCUUUAGAGACUCCAUUGAAUUAAAUGAAUGCCUGCUACAGAAACUGCUGAGAGAGCUUUAUAUUUGUAUGAAAGGAGCUGUUAGCAUAGUUUGCCCAAAGUUUAAGUAUCAAAUGCCACCACUAGAGUGAGGCAUUUACUUGAGCUUUUUAAACAAAAGAGCUCCAUUUAAGUGCAUAUGGUUGGCCCCUUCCAUUAGCCACCAGAAAAACAGUAUGAAGGAUCCACAUAAAAGAUGAUACUCUUGCUAAAAGAUGAAGUUCUGCUGAAUUACAUAUGAUCUUGUGCUGUCACUCUUUAUCAUUAAUAAUAAAACAUCAUACUACCUUUUAAA